GCGCUCUCCUCCCUCUGCUCCCUUGCUCGCUGUUGAGCACGCGCGCUCGGCUCCCUCUGCCUCUCCCCCUCUUCGGUCUGUCUUCCUCCCGCCCUCCCUCUUUCGCUUCAGUUUGUCGCUGACCCCGCAACCCCCUCCCCGGCAGCGGCAGCUCAGCCUGCGGGUCCGCCUCCUUCACAGGCGCUGCCCAGGCUCCCGCUGCCCUUAACCAGACCCGAAAUCCCCGCGUUCUGCCUGCCGAGCUGCCCAUGUCCAGCUACCUGGUCUGAGCAUCAGGUCCCAGUGCAAAAAGGCCUCAGUUUCUCUUGGGCCAGUGGCCGAUGAGCAGGAACCCUCACCCACCCACAACCCCAAGCUGAAGUAGUUACAGAUCGGCUAGUGGGCAGAAGACAGCUCAUUGUGAUUCACCUCCAGGUGACAGCGGGAUCAGAAGCAGGGGCCACACAGCAACUCACAUCCCGCCAGCAAGCCCUACGAAGGGAAGGGCCCAGCCUCUGCCUUCCCAGGGCUAUGGACUGACAACUGGUGCAUGCUCAGGGGCUCUCUCUCUUCAGAGCUGCAGAGACUGUGGGUUCCACCAUGCUGGCACCAGGCGGUGGCCCAGAGCAGAGGAACAAGCUUGCCCUGCAGUGGAGGCAGGUCUCCUGGAUCACCUGCUGGAUUGCCCUGUGUGCCGUGGAGGUGCUCCCCGCCUGCCCUUUCUCCUGCACCUGUGAUAGCCGCACCUUGGAGGUGGACUGCAGUGGCCUGGGUCUCACCGCUGUGCCCCCAGAUGUGCCCGUCGCCACCCAAAGCCUUCUGCUCCUGAACAAUAAACUGAGUGUACUGCCAAGCUGGACUUUCGCUAACCUAUCCAACCUGCAGCGGCUGGACCUGUCCAACAACUUUCUGGACCAGCUACCUCGGUCCAUUUUCCAGGACCUGGUCAAUCUGACAGAGCUGCAGCUGCGGAACAACAGCAUCAGGACCUUGGACAGGGAACUGCUCCAGCACGCCCCGCUGCUGCGCCACCUGGAUUUGUCUAUCAAUGGCUUGGCCCAGCUGCCCCCGGGCCUUUUUGACGGGCUCCUGGCUCUGCGGUCCUUGUCCCUUCGCUCCAACCGUCUGCAGAGCCUGGACCGGCUGACCUUUGAGCCCCUGGCGAGCCUGCAGCUGCUUCAGGUUGGGGACAACCCAUGGGAGUGUGACUGUAACCUUCGAGAGUUCAAACACUGGCUGGAGUGGUUCUCCUACAGAGGGGGUCGCCUGGACCAACUUGCCUGCACCCUACCCAAGGAGCUAAGGGGGAAGGACAUGCGUGCGGUCCCCAUGGAGAUGUUUAACUACUGUUCCCAGCUAGAGGAUGAGAACAACUCUGCUGGGAUGGAUGCUCCAGGGCCACCCUGCACUAAGGCCAGCCCAGAGCCCGCAAAACCUAAGCCUGGGGCCGAGCCUGAGCCUGAGCCCAGCACGGCCUGUCCUCAAAAGCAGAGGUACCGGCCCGUGAGUGUACGGCGGGCCAUCGGCACAGUGAUCAUCGCGGGUGUCGUGUGUGGUAUUGUCUGCAUCAUGAUGGUGGUGGCUGCUGCUUACGGCUGCAUCUAUGCCUCCCUCAUGGCCAAGUACCACCGGGAGCUCAAGAAGCGCCAGCCGCUGAUGGGGGACCCCGAGGGUGAGCAUGAAGAUCAGAAACAGAUCUCUUCUGUGGCAUGAGAGCUGUCUGUCUGGCCCAGGUAGGACAGAAGGAGACUCCAUGGGACUUCUACCAAAGGGCUGCCCUUCCCUCCAUCACAGGCCCUGCCUCAGCCUGACACUGGUACUGCCUGCCUCAGCUCCCUGGCCCUCAUCUGUCCUCCAGUAGAGCAGCCUCCCGGUCUCUUUCCAAGUUUCUAGACACUUCCUCUGGCCAAAGGUUCCUGGGGAAGGUCCUGUCUGGGCCCCUGGUCUUUGGGACACCUGAGUGUCCCUGUAGGCUUCUGGCCACAGGGAAGAAAACCUACACCGGAACCACGCUCUGCACCGAGCACGUUCCCCCUGCCCAGGGCCAGCGCAGCUGGUGACCCUCCCUACCUCUUGCUCAUUCCCACUUCAGUCUGCAUUAGGGCCUGAGAGGGAGGGACAGGGGAGCCAGAGGUAGAUUUCUGUGACUCCUUUUGGAGCCAGAAAGAUAUUCUUAGGUCCUGGUGGUGUGAAGUUUGUCCAGCUCUCAGCAGCUGGUGCCAAUGUGCAAACACCCCCCAGCCCUGUGAUCUGGGUCCAGUGCUUAGAAAAACCAAAGUGACUAUAAUGUCUUCCUUGGGUGGAUGCCAUUCUGUCCCUUUAUCUGCUAUAGACUCCUCUGACUAUGUUCUCCGGGUUUACUAAUUUUAUAUUUUUGUUUUAGUGUAGGGUUUUGAGACAGGGUUUUACUCUACAUAUUAGUUCGCUGUCACAUACAGGGCACUGCUAUCACAGUUCCAUGCACAGACACAUACACAGACACAGACACACACACACACACACACACACACAUACACACACAGAGAGAGAGAGAGAGAGAGAGGCACGCACACAUAUAGGCACACACGCAGAGGAACACACAUAGACACACACAGACAGACAGGCAGACAGACAGACAGACAGACACACACACAUACACACACACACACACACACCAGGUGGGAAAGGAGGCCAUGAAAACUUGAGGCCGAGGCCUGCUGUCCCUUCAGCUCAGAGGCCAUAGUCUCUCUUACUUCUUGACUACAGUCUUCCUAUGUCAUCAGGGGUUAGGUCCUGGACAACAACACAGGGAUCCUUUGAGACCCUCUAAAGUGGGCCAAAGCAUGCUGCUGGAAGAAUUGCCUAUUGCCAUGGCAACCCUAGCACCUCUCCUGCUAGGUUGACCAGAGACGCAGGAGUUGUGCGUGAAUGCAGGACAAGUUCCAGGCUUCUGAGAGUUCAGCUGCAGACCCCUGGGUAUGCCUAGGAACCUCCACCCUACCAGGUCCCGGGCACCCUGAGCAGUUUCCACUCCUGCAGCCUCACUUCUGUUCCUCUGCUUCUCCUGUCCCUGCUGUCAUCUGCAUCUUUUGUUUGUGACCUCCAGGCUGGGUUUGGGCUGUGCUCUGAGAUUGCUGGUUCACCUUAGGAGAGCAGACAUCAGGCAGUAGGUCUCAACAAGGUUGGCUGCCUUCAACACAUUCCUAACAGACUGCAGGAACAGGAACAGGAUGGCUACAUUCUGUUCAGAGUCCUCAGAGCGGGGACUUCCUUUCCCAGAGGUUCAUAGGCUCUGCCUGGUUUCCAGGGAGUGUGCAGUUGCACCUGGGCUGGCCAAGCUAAAAAGGGGCUGCGGUCCUAUUUGGGAUGGAGACUCUUGCCCCUGGGGCUGUGCACAUUUUCAGGGUUGCUGUCCUCUCUGUUCUCAGCGGUCCCCUCCUUAGAGACUGGUAUCCCUCUGCUGAAGAUGCUAGGCUGAGACCUUGCCUUGAGCAGGGCCUUGUUGGUAGCCAGAAAGAGGCCAGCUAGACACAGGUACCAAGGAUGUGUCUACAGGGCAUCGGGACAACCUGGCAUCCUUCUCCUUCUCUUCUACCACCUACUCUACUCGCAGGGGUGUGCACCGGGAGUCUCAGGACAGUUUUCAAGGUUGUUCUCUGGCUGACAGACAGAGGGCACAGGAUCCUCUAGGCUCGGCCACAGUCUUCCUUCCUCUUUUGGCUGGUGGGCCAAUCCCAGAGCAGGGAUUUUUCUAAGGGCCUGGGGGAGGGAGGGUGUUGUCAGUGGUGAUAUCUUUAGCCUGAGACAGAAGAUUUUUAAAGGCAAAAUUAUAUUUCUGGUUUGUUGUUUCAGAAGACCAAUAAAGACUAUUUUCCUAUGUA